UAGAAAAAGUAAGAAGAGAGUUAAAAAGAAUGCAGCUGACGGCUGACUUGAACCUUCUUUCAUUCUCUGCAUUUCCUCUCUCCCAAUCUCAUCCAUCCAUUAAUCCUCCAUGAAUAUUUUCUUCUAACAAGCCCUACCUUCCCUUCUUCUUCUUCUUCUUCUUCUUCUUCUUCUUCUUCUUCUGCUUUCCAUUUAUCUUUCUCCUGAUUCCGAAUUUUCUCAAACAUUUACUAAUUCUGAGGUUUCGUGUUUAAUUUCCCCCCUUUCUUUUCUCGCCGCGUUUUCUAAUUAGGGCACUGUAACUCGACUUCAUCAUUCAAAAAAAAAAGGAUUCAGCUUGAUUAUAGUAUCUUCUGAUGCUUGUAGCUGUCAAAUAGUAUUAUGCGGUGAGGAUGUCAACUCCAGCAAGAAAGAGGUUGAUGAGGGAUUUCAAGCGCCUCUCACAAGACCCUCCCGCUGGGAUUAGUGGUGCUCCUCAAGAUAAUAACAUUAUGCUCUGGAAUGCCGUUAUCUUUGGUCCGGAUGAUACCCCUUGGGAUGGAGGCACGUUCAAGUUGACACUUCAGUUCUCUGAAGACUACCCUAAUAAACCUCCAACGGUACGCUUUGUAUCUCGGAUGUUCCAUCCAAACAUUUAUGCAGAUGGAAGCAUCUGUCUUGAUAUCUUACAGAAUCAAUGGAGCCCUAUCUAUGAUGUUGCUGCUAUUCUGACCUCAAUUCAGUCUUUGCUGUGUGAUCCGAACCCAAACUCUCCUGCUAAUUCAGAAGCUGCAAGGAUGUUUAGUGAGAACAAGCGUGAAUAUAAUAGGAGAGUACGUGAGAUUGUCGAGCAGAGUUGGACUGCUGAUUAAUCUUGGGAUUGUGAGUAUACGUGAAGAUAGUCCAGUAUCCCAUCUCAAAUAACGUCAGAGACUAGAAAAGGGAAUGGGAAAACUGGGAAACAAAGUUACAAUUUGCCCAGCAACUGUCUAAUUAUGUUAUAAUAUCUGAAGUACUUGCUUGAUCUAGUUGGGAUUCUCGAUUGUUGUAUCGCUAGCUCGGUGUAUGUUGAACUUUACACUGCAGGUUAUGUUAAUUGUGCUUUGAUUGCUUUUGA